AAUUUGUUCAUACAUUAACUCUUCAGCUUGGUCAAAGUUCUUUUAAGUUUAGGGUUGAAACGAAAGCGGAAUUCUUGAAAGUCAGGCUGGCGAACCUGACAUGGCUAUCAAGGGCUAAAUUUUGUUUAUCUUGUUUAUUUAAAAAUCACACUGAGUUUGGUUCGCAUGAUAAGGUCGCCCGCGCCAGAGGAUCGGCCGCCAUGCCCCGCCCGUGGACCCUCGCCGCCGCCGCCGCCGCCGCCCUCCUGCUCCUCCUGGCAGGAGGGCCUUCCCCGGCCGGCGCAGGACUUUUCAGAAAUGUCAAGCUGACAGAGAAGCAGGAGGGGACGGUGAGGAAGGUGGAUGAACUCCUGAAUCAAUUCCUAGAAAACAUCCGCCGCAUGUUCUACAAGAAAAAUCCUCAUCUGAAACCCUAUCCCCAUGAGGGGUUCGCCUACAAGGAUUACUCUAUAGAAACCAUUGCUAACCAAGAUCUGAACCCAGGCACAGGCAGCCCUGUAGAAGGUCCCCUCCAUACAAACAUCAGUAAAGAACAAGAAGAAAUUGAUGCCCAGAAAGGGAUGGAUCCUGGCAGGGACAGGCAGGACCCUCCAGCUGCUAAUGAGAAAGGAUCUAAUUCCGCGGAUGAGGGAGCGGAUGGUAGGGUGGAACCUCCUGUUGCUUCCGACGGGGAGUGUGGUCAGGGUUUUUCUGGGAAUGCCAUGUGCUUUUUCGAGUACGAUGAUAGCAAAAUUAGGUUCCCGGACGACUAGGGAGCCACUCGGAAUGCAAGACUGACAUGUUCGAGGAGAGUCUGGCCGACCUGGAGGAAUAAAGUGUAAAGACCUGAAAAUGAGACAAAGGGAUCUAGCGAAAAGAGAUUAAAUAUCACACCGGAAGCAUAAUUUUCAGAUCUUGUUCAACAAUUUGUUCUUGUCUAUUAAUUAUACACUUACAUUUUAA